CCCCAAACUCGCUCUGGCUCCCGCCUUCGCCCGCUUCCGGUCGUCGUCGUCGUCCUCGCCGCUGCUGCCGCUGCUGCUGCUGCUGAGGCUGCUGGCGGAGGCCGGAGGAUCGGGCGGCGGCGGCGGCGGCGGCUGAGAGGGCGGCGGCGGGAGCGGAGCGGGACGAGGGAGCGAGAGGAAACGAGCGAGGAGCGAGCGGAGCGCGCCCAGCCCCGCCCGCCCUUCCGCCCACCUGAGCAGCCGGAGCAGCCCAGGCCCCCAGCCGCCGCCUCCGCCGCCGCCGCCGCCGCCGCCCGCCUGCCCGCCCGCCCGCCGGACAAAGCCCGAGAGCCCGCGCCCAGAGCCAUGUCCUCGUCCGCCGGCAGCGGCCACCAGCCCAGCCAGAGCCGCGCCAUCCCCACCCGCACCGUGCCCAUCAGCGACGCCGCGCAGCUACCUCAUGACUAUUGCACCACGCCCGGGGGGACGCUCUUCUCCACCACGCCGGGAGGAACUCGAAUCAUUUAUGAUCGAAAAUUUCUGUUGGAUCGUCGCAACUCUCCCAUGGCUCAGACCCCGCCCUGCCAUCUGCCCAAUAUCCCAGGAGUCACCAGCCCCGGCACCUUAAUUGAAGACUCCAAAGUAGAAGUAAACAAUUUGAACAACUUGAACAAUCAUGACAGGAAGCAUGCAGUUGGGGAUGAUGCCCAGUUUGAGAUGGACAUCUGACUGCCCUGCGAGGAUCAGAAGAAAAGCAGCAACACUGACACAUGUGUACCUGAUCUGGCCGAUAGGAUCAACAGUGCGAAGACAGAAGAGGCAGUACCAGCAAUUCCCAUUGCAGCCUCCUCCUCCUUUUCCUCCUCCUCCUCCUCUGCCUCCACCUCCAGCUCCUGCUCCUCCUCCCGGUGCCAAAGGAUGCAAAGAUGAGCUGCAUCUGACCAUUUCUUCUCCUUGUUUCCCGUUCCUCUUCCCAAUUAGUUAGAUUGAAGGCCCUUGGCAUAUUUCUGUAGAACUAAGCAGCCCACAGAGGAAAACAGUUAAACUCUGGUUCCCCCUUUCCCCCCAUUUUUUUUUUAAUCCCAAGUCAAAUACCAACCUACCAAUAAUUGGCUGGCUGGGAAGUCUGGAGAAGUGAUAUGGAGGUUUGAUGGGUUCAGCAUCAUUCCUGUUCUUACCCUCUAUCUUGCCCAUGUUUCAGUGCUACAAGAGACUGGGUUUGGGGUCUUGAAAACCUUUGGAAGGAAAUGGUAAACAGGAAGAGAGCUGCUUUCCCUUUUGCCUUGAGGACAGAACAGUUUGUACAACUCUAGUAGCAUUACCCUGGGGCACUGUUUUGAGGUCCACUUCCCCUCCUUCCUCUGGGAGGAAUGUCUUCUGUCUUUAGUAUCAUAGUUUCUCUUCCCAUUCCUUUACUUAGCACAAUGGUGCAAUCAUUUCUUAACUCUAUAUCAGAAGGAAGCCUUGGGUCACCAGUUGUUCUUUCCUCCCCUUCUCCCAUCUCUCCCUGCUUGUUGCUUGCAGUCCUUUUUGUGCUCUGAGCUAUCCAGGUGGUUCCUCCUGCUCCCAGAGCAGUCCCUACCACAGGACAGAGGUGCUUCGGAUAAGGCCCAGUAGUAGCCCUCUGCAGGAUGAUACCCGAGGCUGACCUGGGGAGACGUGGUACUGUUGAGUGCCCAGGCUCAGUAGUCAUUGUUCUCAGUCCAGUGCGCAUUGUGAUAUUUGUCGUCUCUGACUUCUGAGUUUAAAUUUGACUUUCAGAAUACUCUUAGAAAAGAACUACACUUUUUUCCUUUGUGGACGUGCUUUGUUUGGCUGCUGAGAUAGAUAAGCAUGGGCUUAAAAAUGUGUUCCUUCCAGCUUUCUUAUCUUUCCCAUGGUACUCUGAAUAUCCCUAUCUUUCCCUCCCUCCCUCUUUCCCUUUUCUCUGCCAGGCCAUUUCUCAAAUGUACAUCCAAGAUACCUCAAGUGUUGGUAUCUGAUAAUAUCUGUCACUCCUCUUAUGUGAGGAGUGACCUUUUAUUUUUAAGAUGAGCACAGACCUAUUUUUAGAUAUGUUUUCAGUACAAUUUUGAACAGCAACUUUUUAAUUACACAUCUUCCAGUGUUAGGAAGGUGAGAACUGUCCGUAGGCGAGUCUGCUGUUCCAUGUCGCCAUCCCUUGUCUCCCCCAGUCCCUUAUGAGCUCUUUCCUCUCCCUCUAGUUUUGGGUGUGCAUGUUUGGAGUUUGUAGUGGGUGGAUUGUGAAACUGGACCAUUCUGCCUUCCCUGGGUUGUUCACGGAAGCCUCGUUCUUUUCCCUUACCCCCUGCUGCCUCAUUCCCCAUCCUGCGGUCCUGACUGUUGACUGGCACAGUAUUCCCGGGAGACUGACUCCCCUCAUGGAAAGACAAGUAAAAUAGCCACUGGUGUCCUGGGAAUUUGUGGCUGGAUUUGGUGCCCUGAACCCUGUUAUUAAGAGAUGAGAUCCCAGGGUGAGAGUAACAGGCCAAUGCUAAGAUAGAAAGCUGUUUUUCUUUUGAACUAUGAAAAGACCCUGUUUGUGAAUACAUUUUAGACAGAAGAGAGGAAGGAUGUCUAAGGAACUUUGUUCUGUUUUCUGCUACAAAAUGUGAAUAGUUCAAAGAGUGAAAUCUUUUGUGAUGGUUGAUGUCUCUCAGGAAUAAGCUGGAUCUCCAGAGUUUUGGAGAUGCUUUCAGUCUCAAAAAUUGAUGAUCAGAAAAGUAUUUUUUGUUUGCUUUUUAAUGUACCUCUGUUCUGAUUUUAAUUAAACUCCAAAUUUCACUUUAUAUACUCCUGGAAAAACUUAAAAGUGUAUUGGUAAUUUGCAUGAGAAGCUUGCUCAGGACCUCAUUGUCCCCUGGGAGCUUGAUUCUUUGGGAAUGAAGCUUUCAUUCUCCUCAGGCCCCGGCCUUGGCAUCCUCUGGAAUCUGACUCCACUACAGCAGUGAGCAGAAGCGUGUGCCGUUGUUUGGUCUUCACUGCUGCACGUGGAAACUCAGCUUCCUCCUGAGCAGUAGGGAAUGAAUUUAAAACAUGCCAGCUUGAGUAGUCUCAAGAUGCCAUGUUCCCCUUUUUUGCUGUCUUGAGGAGUCUCUGCACUUGGCCCCCUAAUCAGGGGCCAUAUUUCUAGUGUUUCUUGGGAGUGUCAGCUGUAUAAUAUAGCAGCUGCCCAGUUCUUUAGCCAUCUCUGUAAGGACCUCCGUACUGCUUUGUGCAAUUCUUUCCUGGAGGCCACUGCUACUAGGGAUACUUUGGCUUCCAUAUAUCGGUGUUUCAGAGGUAAUUUCACAAGGCAAUAGAUGAACUUCCAACAGAUGACACCUUUGUGCCAUGCCUCAUAGAGUCAUUUUCAGGACAAGCCAGAAUCCAGUAGGUGGUUUACUCCUUUGUGUUUGGAAGGAAUGUCAUAGUUGAAGCCCUAAAUGAAUAAUAUAUCUGGGCUUUUUACUGGAGAGGGAACAUCCUUAGGGUAACGUUUGCGUGAGACUGUUCUUAAAAUCUUAGUGAUUAUUUGUGCUUUUCUUCUUAGGAGAAAACCAUCUUUCUGUACUUCUGAGGACAGUCCAUCUUAAUGAGAAAUGACCUCUCCCUCCAAAUUCCAGCAGGAGAUAGGCAUUCUCAUGAUUCUACCUCCUUCAUAGUGUGGUGCAUUGAGUCUGCCACUUCCUCAUAUUCUGUUGAAGUAUCUGUUGUGUUCUCAAGACCAUAGUGUAGAGAAGCUGGCUUCUACCUAUUAGGUUUCCAAUCCAAGAGUUUUAUCUUCCCAUCUGUGUUAGUUUAUCUACUGCUGUUUAACAGGUUACCCCCAAACUUAAAAUCUUAAAAGAGCAAACAUUAUCUGUCAGUUUCUGUGAUUAGGACCUGGGAAGCAGCUUAGCAUGAUGGUUCUGGUACAGGGUCAUAAGAAGUUGCAGUCAGGAUGUCAGCAGGGUCUGCAGUCACCUGGGGCUUGAGAAUUCACUUCUGAGCUCUCUUUGUGGCUGUUGGCAAGAUGCCUCAGUGUCUCCCUGUGUAGAUCUCUUUUUAGGGCAGCAUGAAUGUCCUCACAGCAUGGCAGCUGGCUUCCUGUGAGCAAGUGGUCCCAGAGAGAGAGGGCAAGGAGGAAUUUGUGGUGCCUUUUAUGACAGCCUCUGCAAGCACACAUCAUCAUGCCUUCCUGUUCCCUUCCUUAGAAGCAAGCCACUAAAUCCAGCCUACACUCAAGGGGAGGGGAUUUACACCCCACCUACUGAAUGGAGCAGUAUCAGAAUUUGUGGAUAUACCUUAAAACCACGUCACCCCCAACAGAGGGUGAAACCAGGUCAAUAAGAGGGGGUAGGUUUAAACUAGAUGAUAUAAAGGUGUUGUUAUUGAAAACAAUUCUCUAAGACGUGCAUCGACAAACAGAUGAAAAACAGACUGUCUUCCCAUGGCCACCUGUUUUGAGAGGGCUGGCAAGAAAUGGCAAUUCCCAGGAGAAUAUAUCUAUAUAUUUGCCUGAUGUAUACUACCAGCAGCCCAAGGAUGCUUCUUUGUAACUCCUUGACAUGGUAUCGCUAAGAUUCAGUACUGCUUGCUCACUACCUCCUUUAGCCAGGAAUUGACAAAGGGAAUUGUGUCCUUCUAAUCAAGCCACUCAAAUGGACUUCAUUGAAAUCAGAGCUGUUAAGCCGAGGGAGCAAACUGGAAUUAGAUGUUGGGUUACUGGACUGAACAAAAGCCAACUGUUCAGAUUCAGGGUGACAUAGCUGAUAGCAUCCAAAAGCCAGGUCCCCACCAGAGUCAAUGCUUGGCAUCCACUCUAACAGACCACAGCAGCUGAAGCUGACUUGGAUCAGGUCUCUCACCCAAGAAGCCACUUCCCAAAAAGUAGGUAACAUCUGGGAAUUAGAAAUGUCUGCCUGUGCUUGAUUGUUCUUUAAAUCCACUGCAGGUUAACUUUACAUGCCCACCUCAUCCUGGGCUUCCUGAUGGAAACGGAUUCUUAAAGAGAACCAAUCCUGUCUUCACCCUUGAGAGAAACUUAGAUGAAGCUUGUCAGUUCAACACACUUUUAGUGAAUGUCUGCUGUUUGUUUCUGGCACCCAUGCCAAGUAUUUAGAAAUUUCAGACAUCUUAAGGAUGCAAAUUCUUGUUUGGAUUUACGCUCCAACUCUUGCCAGCAUUUUCUUACCUAUAGCCCUGCUUGCUUUAGAGUAUACUUGAAUAAAAAAGCAUUGCUGCUGAGGCAGCUAUUUAAAAAAAGGUACUUCUUCCAGAAGUAAGGAAUUCAUCGUUAAAGCACCUUCAAAUGAUUUUUUUUCCUUCUGAUUUUGAGGUGGAGUCAAAAUAGAUGGUCUUUUAUUUUCCCUGUUUGGGUUACCAGCUCUUUGGGUCUCUCAGACCUUACCUUCCCAGUUCAGACAUUUCCUGCUAAAUGUGCAGGCUUCACCCCAGAGACCAUCACUCAGCCAGUGCAUAUUGACUGACUGCUUUGGAUCAAGGCAUCUGCUGUAAGGUGCUCACUGUGCUGGCAGCAGUAUCCCAGAAAUGGAAUCUUUUUCCAUUCUCCUCAUCUUGGAGACUUGGUGGGGUAUCAAGUAUCUUGGCUGCCUGAAGCCAGGGCCCACAGCCCUUUACAUUCCCCUCCAGACAGGAGGCCCGGUGCUUUUCUCUCUGGGUCAGAACUUCCCCUUCUUAGCAUGUUUCUGGAUUACAUGCAUAAGGGCAGCUAUUUAUUAAUCUGCGAAACCCAAUCUCUUACCUACCCAUGACAUAUAGGAGGGGGUAGUAUUUGAUUUAAAAAAGCAUUGUUUCCCUGGGAGGGCAAUUUCUGUCUGGACUUUGAAGGGGACAUAGUUCCUACACAUUACUACCCUCACCACCAUGUUCUUUACCUCUCUCCCAGCUUUUAAUAAAAGGUGACAUCAGAUCUUGAGGCAGUUGGGUCAUAAUUCUUUAGAAUGCUUAUACCCCAGGGGCAUUUCCUGUUCUAGUCACGUUUUUCCAGUUGAAUAUUGGCAUUUCACUGAGGCUAGCUCACAGGCAUUUCUGACUGAAGACUAAGGAUAACUGAUACAGUCGUUCCUGUCACCUUUCCCAGUCUCUGGAAUUUACAUUGCUUUCUCCGGGCUGGUCCUUUUGGCAAAGCUUAGAUUUAGGAGAAGUCUUUCAAGUCCCUGUUCAGAUGAUUUGUGGUUUCUUUUUGCUUCCUCUGCCAGCAGCCCCAGCAGACCAUUACUGUCUGGAUCCCAAAUGGAAAAUAGUACUGAGAUGAAACACAUUCCGGGGGUAUUCAAACUCUCACCCUGUCACCUUUCUGAGAGUGGGAGGCUGGCAGAGAGAUACUGCAAUGCUUGAUAAUCAUUUGGCCACAUUGAAAUUUCCAAAGGGAGCUCUUGCCAGUGCUUAAACCCCAAAUUCCUGGACAUCUAAGAUUGCAUGAAUCUAGCACAGAAUAUCCAUUCUUGCCCCAUCAUACCCCCUUCCUCUCCAUCUUAAUCUUUUAAAAACAAAAACAAAAAACCCAAGCCCAGGCCAAGGGUCACUUUUACUUGAAAUCAGGAGAGUGGGGAGGAACACUAGAGAUGAGGGUGAGCUGUGCGUGAGGCAUCUGCUCCUGGUGUCUGUUCCGAUCACUGAGGACUGUGAGCCAGUGCCUUUCCUUCGCCUGGAGAUGGAGCCCGUCUCUUUCUACCUGGGUGAGGAGACCCUCUGCUACCCAGGGGUAAACCUUAAAGAGGGUGUCUUAGAAAGCCCAGAGGACACUCACAUAUUCAGGUGUCCAUUUUAAGCAUCUUUAAAAUGUUUUAUAUAUUUAAAAAAAUGUCCUUCCCUGUCUUGUGCCACCAGCGGCCCAGUUCCAUCCAUUCUGAAUGGAAAAGCGGAGACUGCCAGUACUUUCCUUGGUCUUCCCUUCAUCUCCCUUAAUGUGGGUGUCCCCUUAUCCCUCCUGUCCAUUUCACUGUCGUGGGUGGAAAGUGGAGGGCACCAUGCAGUCCUGAGGCAGUCCUGUGUGACUCUGUGAUCAGGUUUUUGUUUCCUGUUUUUCUAACUGUCCUUCCAAACCAGCGAGUGUUUGGAAAUUAGGGAAAAAAUUAAAUUCUCACCAACGGUUGCUGUUACAGUUGAAUCAAUAAAGAUCUUGAGUAUCAACUCGGUGUUUUAAUUU